CAGAGCGCGACUGUGUCAUGUUGCUUCUUUCGGGGACGUGCGGACAGUGAUGUCGCGGAACGUGUAUAGCGCUAGGCAGUUCUUAUGACCACCGUUGUUGUGUCCCCCCUGUGUGCCCCGUCAUGUUCGUGCAGAGAAUGCCCUUUCUUGCCCGAAGCUGCCUGCAGCCUGCCACACGGAGCCCUCUCCUGCGGGAGAUUGUGUGCAGCUCGGUGGCCGGGUGUUCCAGGAUCAGGUCAGCCUCUAGGACUCUUUCUGAUGGGAACAGCAGACCUCUGGACACAUCUCUGUUUAUCCCUGUGAAUAUACGGCCGAUAGACAUCCCAGAUACAGACAUUGGGGCAGAGCUCACCCAGCCUCUUAAUAAAUCUGAAGUAUUGAAGCUUUUGAACAGAUUUUACCGAAGAAAAGAAAUACAGAAGCUGGGAGCAGACAAUGGACUUGAUGCCCGCCUGUUUCAUCAAGCGUUCAUCAGCUUCCGAAGAUUUGUCAUGGAAACUGACCCUUUGAAUGUGGAUCUACAUAUCGUCCUCAAUGAUAUUUGUUGUGGAGUUGGUCAUGUUGAUGAUAUUUUCCCUUUCUUCAUGAGACAUGCCAAACAGAUAUUCCCCAUGCUGGAUUGUAUAGAUGAUCUUCGCAAAAUAAGUGACCUGAGAUUGCCCCCAAACUGGUAUCCUGAAGCUAGAGCCAUUCAGCGGAAGAUCAUUUUUCAUUCUGGCCCCACAAACAGUGGCAAAACUUACCAUGCUAUCCAGAGAUUUUUCAGUGCCAAGUCUGGAGUAUACUGCGGCCCUCUUAAGCUGCUUGCGCAUGAGAUUUACAAGAGGAGUAAUGAUGCGGGGAUUCCCUGUGAUUUAAUCACAGGGGAGGAGCUAAUACACGUUGAUCCAGAGGGAAGACUAGCCAGUCAUGCAGCAUGUACCAUAGAGAUGUGCAGUGUGAAUACACCUUAUGAGGUGGCUGUGAUAGAUGAAAUUCAGAUGAUAAGAGAUCCUGGCAGGGGCUGGGCCUGGACCAGAGCACUCCUAGGGCUUUGUGCCGAAGAAAUUCAUAUCUGUGGAGAGGCUGCUGCUAUUAAACUGGUGACUGAGCUAAUGUACACAACUGGGGAAGAAGUGGAGGUGCGGAAUUAUAAUAGACUGACCCCCCUUAAGAUUCUGGAUCAUGCUCUUGGAUCCUUGGAUAACCUGCGCCCUGGGGACUGUAUAGUCUGCUUCAAUAAAAAUGACAUCUACUCUGUAAGCCGGCAGAUUGAGGCUCGAGGCUUAGAAUGUGCUGUGAUAUAUGGAAGUUUACCUCCAGGAACAAAAAUUGCACAAGCAAGUAAAUUCAAUGAUCCAAAUGACUCGUGUAAAAUUUUGGUUGCCACAGAUGCCAUUGGAAUGGGGCUAAAUUUGAGUAUUAAAAGGAUCAUAUUCAAUUCCUUGAUUAAACCAACAAUGAACGAGAAAGGAGAGAAAGAGAUGAACACAAUCUCCACUUCCCAGGCUCUGCAGAUAGGCGGCCGAGCUGGCAGGUUCAGCUCCAUUUAUAAGGAUGGAGAAGUCACCGCCAUGUUCCAGGAUGAUCUAGUACUCCUAAAAGAUAUCCUCAGCAAGACAGUCACUGAUAUCCAGGCUGCUGGACUACACCCCACUGCUGAACAGAUAGAGAUGUUUGCUUAUCACCUGCCUGACGCCACUCUGUCAAAUCUUAUAGACAUCUUUGUAAGUCUGUCUCAGGUUGAUGGACUUUAUUUUGUGUGUAAUAUUGAGGACUUCAAAUAUGUAGCUGACAUGAUCCAGCACAUACCAUUAAACCUAAGGGCACGAUAUGUGUUCUGCACUGCUCCAAUAAAUCGCAAUCUGCCCUUUGUGUGCACUUCGCUGCUAAAGUUCGCUCGACAGUUCAGCAGGAACGAGCCUCUGACUUUUCUAUGGAUCUCUAAACAUGUGUCCUGGCCUGUUAGCGCUCCAAAAACCAUAAAGGAUCUAAUGCAUCUAGAAGCUGUUCAUGAUAUCUUGGAUCUCUAUUUGUGGUUAAGUUACCGGUUUCUGGAUAUGUUUCCACAUGCUACUAUGGUAAGAUCCAUACAAAAACAGCUGGAUGAAAUUAUUCAGAAAGGCGUUUAUAACAUUACUAACCUCAUCAGAGCAUCAGAAGCUGUGAUGGCGGGCACUGUACCACCGAAUGAGACAAGUCUAAACGUCACUCCAAGAACUGGACUAAGGAGAGACAGGGGAGGUAGGCACACUCUAUUAGGCUCAGAAAUACAGAGUGGGCCCCUCACCUCCAGGUUAGUUAAGGACGGACUCCUUACACCAAGCAUGCUGAAACAGCUUGAACAAGAAUGGUUGAAUCGCCAGAACGGCCAUGGAAACCCUAAUGGAGGAACAUCCUAUGAUACUGACAUAUUAUUUAAAACGACAAGAAAAAAGAAAUAG